UAUUUCGCAAACUUUUGCGUGGGUUCUCUUCCCCUCCUCGUUUCCGUUCCAAUUCCCCAUUCCCACGCCGCCGUGCCGCUGUCCCUUCGCCGGAAUCUCUCAUCAUCUUCGAAGUUCGCGUCCUCAUCACCGUCUUCGCAUAUCGACGUGGAAUACGAGUGACCUCCGGGACUGUGCCUUUUGAUCUUGGUUUCGUAGGUUCUGGUCACAAUGUUGAUGUUCCGGGUUAAAAGGGAUGUUGCAAAAGGGCAUUGAACACCAUGUGUUCUUCAAACUAUUUGAGAAGAAGGAACUCCUGUGACACUGCAGCUGUUGGAGUCUCCUCCAGUAUUGAGCGUGGCACGGAUUAUGCAGAGAAGGUUGGUAUGACAAAUAAGGUUAACCAACAUGAUAUUGCAAUUGUUGGUGGAGGCAUGGUCGGCCUGGCUUUUGCUUGUGCAUUGUCAAGUAUGCCUUUGACAAAACAAUUAUCAAUAGCUAUUAUUGAUAGCAAUCCUGCUUUAAGCUCAAGACAAUGCUUUAAUAAGAAUGCUAUCCCUGAUUCAAGAGUUAGCACAGUGACUCCUUCAACAAUAUCAUUUUUCAAAGAGGUUGGUGCUUGGGAGCAUGUUGAGCAACAGCGACAUGCAUUUUUUAAUCAAAUGCAGGUAUGGGAUCAUACUGGUCUAGGAUACACUAGAUAUAAUGCCAGAGAUGUAGGGAAAGAUUGUCUCGGAUGUGUGGUGGAGAAUAAGGUGCUUGCGAAUUCACUAUUGUUGUGCUUACAGAAUGCAGAUUUCCAGAAGACUAUUUACUCUGCCAGAUUGACCUCAAUGGCCUUCCCCGAUCACAAAAGUUUGUCUGCAAGAAAUGCUGCUGGACAAGAACAUGGCAAGGACAAUAUAUCAGGGGCAUCACUUACAAAAGAAAAAGAAGUUAAGAAAUGUAAUAACCGGUUUGUGAAGCUGGACUUGAGUGAUUCAAAGACCAUACAUGCAAAAUUAGUG